CGCCAAGCAGAAGCCUUUUAGGAGGAGCAGCGGCAACGGGAAGAGGAAGCAGCAGAAGCGAGCUAGCUGCUUUGCUGCUGCGUGCUGCUGCACUUCAUGCUGCUGCUGCUGCCGCAGCAAAUGCAGCUGCAGCAGCAGCAGCAGCAGCGGGAGACGGGGACUUGGCUAUAGUGCAGCAAGUAGCACAGGCGGUCUCCAACCCACAGCUGCAGCAGCCCUUGUUGUCUGCUGCUGCUGCGCUGCAGUGCUGUCAGCAGCUUCCCGGUCUCCAGCAGCAGGUGCAGCAGCAACAGCACCAGCAACAGCAGCAACAGCAGCAACCGCAGCAACAGCAACAGCAGCAGAUGCUCCCUGAUACUACGGAUGACCUCGCCUUCGCUGUUUCCCUGCUGCUGCAGGAAGGGCAGCAGCAGCAGCAGCGGCUGCUGACUGCCCCUCCAGGCCACGAAGCGGAUCCUAAGACGCUGCAGCAGCAGCAGCGACUAUUGCAGCAGCUGCAGCAGAUGCAGCAGCAGCAGCAACAGCAGCAGACGACUGACGAACCUGAUCCAAAGGAGCUGCUGCAUCAGCAGACAGUGCUGCUUGCUACACUGCAGCAGCAAGAUCUGCAGCACCAGCAACUGCUGCAGCAGCAGCAGCAGCAGCAGCAGCAGCAAUCUGGCGCUUUGUCUUCCUCGCGGCGCGUAGGGGCUCGUGACCAUUCGAUCAGCAGCAUAUCUGGGGGAGUAGUAUGCAGCAGCAGCAACAACAGCAGCAGCAACAGCAGCAGCAACAGCAGCAGCAGCAGCAGCAGCUGCAACGAAUUCGAUCUGCAGCUGCAAGCAGUUUUAGCAGAAAUUAAGGGAGUUGGUUGGGACUAUGCAGCUGAUGCUGCUUCCUCGCAGCAGCAGCAGCUGCAGCAGCAGCAGCAACUGCAGCAGCAGCAGCUGCAGCACGAGCAACAGCAGCAACAAUCGAUGCUGCAAAUGUUGGGUGGCAGCAGCAACAACAGCAGCAGCAACAGCAGCAGCAAUGAAAGAGCAGCAGCUCACCACCCUACAUUUGAUGUUCUUCCCCCUGUUGCGCCUGUACGUGCUGCAGCGCAUGCAUCUGCUGCUAAUCUGCCAGGCAGCAGCAGCAGCAACAGCAGCAGCAUCAACAGCAGCAGCACCAGCAUGCAGGGCGGUGUAUCACAACGGGGCACCAGUACUGCCGACCAAGGGAAAGGCUGUGCUGCAGCAGCAGCAGCAGCAACGUGGCUAGCUACUGAAGUAAGCAGCAGCAGCAACAGCAGCAGCAGCAACAGCAGCAGCAGCAACACGAGUUCCUGCUGCUGCACCUGCAGCUGCGGCAACAAUCCUCCAGUACCGAGGCUCUCCCGCCGUCAACGGCGGCUUCUGCGGCAGCAGCAGCAGCAGGCAGAGGAGCAGCAGCAGCAGGCACAGCAGCAGCUGCAGCAGAAGCAGCAGCAGCAGCACAAGCACCUGAAGCAGCAGCAGCAGCAGCAGCAACAGCAACAGCAGCAACAGCAUAGGCAGGAGCAGCAGCAGAAGCAGGUUAGUCAGGGCACCCUAAGGCAGCAGCACCGGGUGCAACGCAGCAGCACGAGUUGGGCUUCUGCUGCUGCUGACUGGAGUCAGCAGCAGCAGCAGCAACAGCAUCACCAGCAGCAGCAACAGCAGCAACAUCAGCAGCAGCAGCAGUUGUUGCUGCAGCAGCAGCAGCAGCACGUGGGUGUCUCCUAUAUACCAGGUGUACAUACACCGCAUGCACCCUGGCUGCUGCAGGGACACACAGGACAGCAGCACAUCUUUGUGCAUGCAGCAGGAACGCAGUCUAUGACGCAUCCUGCUGCUGCUGCAGCAACUGCAGCAGCAGCUGCAGCAGCAGCACCCGCUACAGCCCCCACUAAACUCGCUUGA